AGCUAGCUACCUAGUAGGAGGAGGCACUGGCAGUUGACACGGCGCCACACUUCUAUCUUCAGACAUUGGACAGACUCUUCAACAUGCUCUUGUGACCAUUAAUAUAAAUUGGCCUGACAAAUUCAACUAUUUGGGGAGGGGAUGACAAACAUAUCACUUUGUCUGUAGGAAGGAGUAAACGACCGUUUGUCACUCGCAAAUAAACACCCCGGAACUGAUUAGCUAGCUAACGUUAGUAACGUUAAGCUCAGCUGGCUAUCUUUUUGUUGGCGUUAGUUGCUAGCUAAACAACUGUCAACACGCGUGGAGAAUAAACGUUUGGCCUGUGUGCUAUCAGCAAGACGGUUUGUUCCCUACACCGAAAACUUCACGGCGACCUACCACCACUUGUAGCUCCGAAAAUGACUUCAAGAGGGGGUUUUCCAGGUACUCCGAUGAACCCCAGUGUUAACCCCAUGAACGCUGGACAUGCAGGCGGUGGAAUGAGGAUACCAGGAAUCCAACAGAAUUCGGGUUUCCGAGCCAUGAAUGCCACUCCUCAGUACCAUCAGCACCCUGGUAUGCCACCCAACAGGGGGAUCCCGAUGGGGCCAAUGGGGGGCCCUGGACCCUCUUAUGGGGGCGGGAACAUGCCCUUACGCACAGGAAUGGGGCCGUCAGCCAUGGACGCCUCCCGAAAGCGAUUCCUUCAACAACAACAGCAGGGGGGGCUGGGAGGCCCAAGGCGUGGCAAAAGGCGCAGGAUGGCCGACAAGGUGCUUCCACAGCGGAUCCGAGACCUGGUUCCAGAGUCUGAGGCCUACAUGGACCUGCUGGCCUUUGAGAGGAAGCUGGACCAGACCAUCGCACGCAAACGCAUGGAGAUCCAGGAGGCCAUCAAAAAGCCCAUUACGCAAAAGCGCAAGUUGAGGAUCUACAUAUCCAACACCUACACACCCGGCAAGCCAGAAGGUGAAGAGGCAGAAAAAGUGUCAUCCUGGGAACUAAGGGUGGAGGGAAAACUCCUUGAGGAUCCUGGGAAACAGAAGAGGAAGUUUUCGUCUUUCUUUAAGAGUCUGGUCAUUGAACUCGAUAAGGAACUGUAUGGGCCUGAUAACCACUUGGUGGAGUGGCACAGGAUGCCCACCACCCAAGAGACAGACGGCUUCCAGGUGAAGAGACCAGGGGACGUGAGCGUAAAAUGCACCCUGCUCCUAAUGCUGGACCACCAGCCCCCACAGUACAAGCUGGACCCGAGACUGGCCCGGCUGCUAGGUGUACACACCCAGACACGGGCCAGCAUCAUGCAGGCGCUGUGGCUUUACAUCAAGAACAACAAGCUGCAGGACAGCCACGAGAAGGAGUACAUCAACUGCAACCGCUACUUCAGACAGAUUUUAGGCUGCACACGUAUGCGUUUCUCUGAGAUUCCCAUGAAGCUGGCGGGACUUCUGCAGCAUCCUGACCCCAUCAUCAUCAAUCACAUGAUCAGCGUUGACCCGAAUGACCAGAAGAAGACGGCGUGCUACGACAUUGACGUGGAGGUGGAUGAUCCUCUGAAGGCCCAGAUGAAUGGUUUCCUGUCCUCAACUACCAAUCAGCAGGAGAUCGCUACCCUGGAGAUGAAGAUCCACGAGACCAUAGAGUCUAUCAACCAGCUUAAGACCCAGAGAGACUUCAUGUUGAGCUUCAGCAACAACCCACAGGACUUCAUCCAGGACUGGCUCAAGUCCCAGAGUCGAGACCUCAAGUUGAUGACGGACGUGGCAGGCAACCCAGAAGAGGAGAGGAGGACAGAGUUUUACCAGGCCCCCUGGGUACCAGAAGCUGUGGGCCGAUACGUCUACUCUAAGGUGCAGCAGAGAAGACAGGAGUUGGAGCAGGUGCUGGGAAUCCGACUCACCUGAGUCCUUAUGGAGCGUAGCUCCCCAAUCCAUUAAAAUAAAACAAGGCACAUUUUAAGAUGGUCUUAAACCUCCAGUUUUACAUGAAUCAUAUCCAAAACACAACCACAGAACUGGAAUCAGCUUGCAUCAAUCCGCAUUGCCUUUUUCAACCACUUUGUAAUAGCAUAUGUUAUUAUAUAUAUUAUUCCAUAACUAUUGUAGCUAAUGUGGUCUUUCAAUCACAAAGCCUUAUGUCCUUAUAGGAAUUGUUUGGUGCCAUGGUUUCAGCAGGGUAAAGGCUUUUGAGUACUUUGCUGGUAUCUGUUAAUAGCAUUUCUUUUAAAGUAAUUACUUUAGGACCAAAGUGAUGAUUUACAUAGUCUAUCUUAUAGUCUUGUCUUUCUCCACAUUAUGAGGGAUACUGACUGCCAGCUGAUUCAAAUAUUUGCCUUAUAAUAUUGCAAGAUGUACAAAUGAGUUGUAGCUUUCUUCCCACAUACAUUUGCUUAUGAUGUCUUAAGCAUUGGUACUGUCAAGUUGUUUUGACUCAAGUUGUUGUGUGCCAUUUUGAAAUGAUUUUUUUACCCUAGUUCUUCAAAGCCAAAGAGAUUAUUUAGCAGACACUCGUAUCCAGAGCGACUUACAGUUAGUGAGUGCAUACAUUUUCAUACUGGCCCCCCCUGGGAAACGAACCCACAACCCUGGCGUUGCAAGCGCCAUGCUCUACCAACUGAGCUACAGGGGACUAGUAUUAGUUAGGGGAAAGUACCUAAAGCCUAGUAACCUUAUCACAAACAACACUUGGGAAGCUUGUUAUGAAUACAGAUAAUAUCAUAGAAUCCACGUUUGGACAGGACAGUCAGGAAAUCGUAGUGCUGGUAAAUGAUGGUUUGGGGCUUUUCUAUUUGCUAGGAAAGGUGCCCACUUUGUCUAGCUGUUGCAGUCAAUUUGGAUUUGUGUUUCUCUGUUUACUUGCUGUUUUGAUUGGUUGUUAGGGUAUUUCACUGUCUGAAUUCCAA